GGAUCUGUGUCCCCCCCCUCCCCCUCUCCUCAGUAGCCACAGUGACCCCCCAACGUACCGCAGUGCAAACAGUCACCUCACCAAUACCCGCUUCUGGAUUACCUCAAGAAACAUCUACUCCACUGGAUUUUACACUCACCGCCGCCCAGCAUCAUUCCCGCUCUCUCAUGUCUCCUCUCGCUCGCGCGCUCUCUCUCACUCUCCCUCCCUAUCUCUAACUCUUCCUCCCGCUUUGGACUACAUUCUGUUCUCCUGCUGCUCUUUCUCCUGACGCUGCGUCUCCUGCUUCAUCUCCUGCUGCUGCUGCCGUCGACGCCGCUACUGCUGGUGCCCCACGUGCAGGAGGACAUAUUGAAUGGUGUGGGCGGCGUGGGCGGCAUGGAGGGUGCUGGCGGGCGGGCGGCCGGCAAGGUGUUCACCACAACAGGCAGCUCAACCACUUCCCGAGGCUCCUCCAGCAGCGGCUCCUCCGGCCAGGGAGUGGGCGGCGGUGGUCCUGGGGCGGCGAUGACGUCGGCGGGUCUGACAUUGUCGACGCAGACGCUGGCGGUGACGUCGACCCCUCGGUCGCCCUCCCUAGCCUCCAUUUCUUCCGAUGGGAGCACCGACAGCCACCUGGUGGAGAGAGAAGACAUUGUGGCCCUCACCACCGCAGUUAGAGCCUUCAAGGAGGCUCUUGGCAAACUCAAGAGGAUCUUCCACCCGGAGAGAGACAAGACGGAGACUCUACGGGUGGGCGCUCACGAACGUCUCGGGGAGGUGCUGAGGAUCCUGAGGGCCAUCUUGGAGAAGUACAGCCCCAUCCAGCACAACGAACUGUUGGCCGCCGCCUCACACCUCAUCUCCCACGUCAAUGGGUUCAGUUAUGAGGACGAACAGGCCGACCCCACGGCCUUCCUGGAGGCCAUCGACCAGCUGGCUCUAGCCUUCUCCAGUAGAGUGUCGGAGUAUCUUAUGGGAGAUAUUGACAGUUCCUCAGCGAUCCUUAACUGCUCCAACGCAUCCUCCAGGAACAAGUCGUGUGAGAACCUGGUGAGCAGCGACGCUGAGAGCACGAGCGGGGCGGCUGCUGCUGGCGUGGGUGAUGGAGGCUGUGUGGAGGCCGGCCUCAAGGAGCCAGAGGUCCUCACCGCUCAACAGAUCGACGAGUUCCUCCACCGCCAUGAGCAAGGGGUGGAGUACGCGCUCCACCGGGCCAAGGUGUGGAGUAAGUACUCCAAGGACGUGAUGACCUACAUCGAGAAGCGGGCCCAGCUGGACCUGGAGCACGCCAGGAACCUGACCAAGCUGGCCCACUCCGUCAGGCCCGCCCUCAAGGAGGAGAGUUUCCUGCCGUUCCAGUCCAUCUACUGCACGGCGCUCGACCAAGAUAUUGAGAACAGCUCCCAGCUGAGCCAGACCUGCGCCCUCCUCCACACGCACAAAUUUAUUGAGCCACUCACCACGCGCAGGAACGAGCACGAGAGGUCCAGGAAGGUCAUCAAGGACACUUGGCACAAGGAACUCAAGCGGGUUACCGAAGCUGUCUCCAACCUCAAGAAGUCCAAGGUCAUCUACUUCCAGCGCCAGCAGGAGCUGGUCAAGGCCAGGGAGAUGGUGGCGCGCGCUGACAACACCGAAGGUCUCGACAAACUGGAAAGAAAACGAGACGAGGCGCUCCAGAAGGCGCGGGAGGCGGAGGCGUGGUACAGGGCGUGUGUGAGCGAGGCCAACGAGCGCCACGGGUCGCUGCUGAGGGUGAAGAGGGACGUGCUGGUGCAGGCGCGGGAGCUGAUCCUCCAGUGUGACCAGACCAUGAAGGCCGUCACUGUCGGCUACUUCCAGCUCCAGCACACUGUGGCGGCCCCCGCCCCCGUCCAGCUGCAGACACUGUGUGAGAGCUCCCGGCUCUACGAGCCCGGCUCCCAGUACAUGGAGUUUGUGAAGAGACUGGGCCCGUCGGUGAGCGUGGAGCAGCCCGAGACGCCCUUCACCUUCCAGCCCUACACCCCCGGCGCCCAGGACCUCCCUGGCAAUAACGACCCCACUGCCAAUGGUUCCGUGGCCUCCGCUGACGACCUGCCAGUGGGUCGACUGGUGGGACAAGGCGGCAGCGACACCGACAGCGUCGGGUCGUCGCACUCGGCCAAGAGUGCCGACGCCUCGCCCACGCACUCUCCCCGACCCACCGCCAGGCGGACCCACACCGUCUCCUCCGGCGAUGAACUGGAGACUGACCCAGACAUUGUGGAACCCACGUACAGGCGCCAGGUGAUGAGCAAGGCCGCCGUCACCCACACCUUCAGGAAGCUCAAGACCCCCUCCAGGUGUCGCGAGUGUGACUCCUACGUCUACUUCCAUGGCUACGAGUGUGCUGAGUGCGGGCUGGGGUGCCACAAGAAGUGCCUGGAGACGCUGGCCAUACAGUGCGGGCACAAGCGGCUCCCCCGCAAGAUGACCACCUUCGGGGUGGACCUGGCUCAGCACCUGAGCGAGACCAACACCUCCGUCCCCCACCUGGUGGUCAAGUGUGUGGCCGAGAUCGACGCCAGGGGCACCAAGAUCAAGGGUAUCUACCGGGUGUCUGGCGUCAAGAGUCGGGUGGAGAAGCUGUGUCAGGCCUUCGAGAACGGCGCCAACCUUGUCGACCUCACUGACCAGCACCCCAACGUCAUCGCCAACGUUCUCAAGCUGUACCUCCGUCAGCUGCCUGAACCACUCCUCUCCUUCAGGCUCUACCCGGAGUUCAUCAGGAUGGCGAAGGAGUGUCCUACCGGGAGCGGGGUGGAGUGUGGCCGCACCACAGAGCAGCUGCGGGAGCUGGUGCGUCGCCUGCCUCGCCACCACCUGAGCUGCCUGGCUCUCCUCAUGCACCACCUGCACCGCCUCUCCCUCCACGCCGACCUCAACAACAUGCCCUCCUCUAACUUAGGUAUAGUGUUCGGGCCGACGUUGCUGCGGACGUCAGAGGGGUCGGCGUCUCUCAGCUCGCUGGUCGACACUGUGCAUCAGACCAGAGCUAUUGAGCUCCUUAUUAUGUUCGCUAAUGAGAUCUUCGGCCAGCCGGAGCUCUACCAGAUUCCGACAGUAGCAGCUGGCGUCCGGCCCCAGGGUGUAGAGGAGAGGGUCCGACACCCCCCACCAAGACUGAACUGGUUCUCAGGAGGACCAGACACCCACCCAACAGCUGCACCGUCAGUCGUGCUCCUGCCGAAGGUCACCCUGAAGUCUCCUCUCUCCAUAACAGUUGUACCACGCAAAGUUGGAUUUGCGCGGGACCCACCUCAGCCCACGCUGCUGUACCCGGUACAGCUACCGGUAGUUUACCCACCUCAGCCCACGCUGCUGUACCCGGUACAGCUACCGGUAGCUUACCCACCUCAGCCCACGCUGCUGUACCCGGUACAGUUGCCAUUAGCUUACCCACCUCAGCCCACGCUGCUGUACCCGGUACAGCUGCCGGUAGCUUACCCACCUCAGCCCACGCUGCUGUACCCGGUACAGUUGUCAUUAGCUUACCCACCUCAGCCCACGCUGCUGUACCCGGUACAGCUGCCGGUAGCUUACCCACCUCAGCCCACGUCGCUGUACCCGGUACAGCUACCGGUAGCUUACCCACCUCAGCAUACGUCGCUGUACCCGGUACAGCUACCGGUAGCUUACCCACCUCAGCCCACGCUGCUGUACCCGGUACAGCUGCCGUUAGACAACGCUGACCGUGUUGACAAGGGAACUUGUGGCAGGUUUCAAGGUGAGCAACGCUCCCGACCCGCCCACAGCUCCUUUGGUUCACCAAUGUUUCUCUCUCGCACGUCUCUCCUGCCCACAUUAUAUUAA